AGUUUAAAUGUUUAGGCCGUUUAACUCAGACGUGUUGUUGACUAAAUAACGGAAAGAAAAUUUUCAAAAUAAACGCAUGUUUUUAAAAUAAUUUUAAGUAAUUUUGAUUAUAAACAAAAUAUAACGUUUAAUAAGAAUUAAAAAAACAAAUUAUUGAAAAAAAAGAUUAAAAUAGUUCUAAAAUUUCGUUUUUAAAAGAAUUUUUUAAUAAAAUAAAACCUCAAGAAAGUUUUUUAAAAGUGUUUGUUUUCUAAAGAUUUUUUUCAAGAAUUAAAAAAAAGAAAAAGUUAAUAAAAAUAAAAGCUAAACAAUAGAAGUUUAAAUGAAAUGCAUAAAUUAUCAUUAAUUAAACAUGAAAAUGUUUUAUUUACUUAAAGUGCAAUAAAAAAAAAUUAAAUAAAAUACUUUGUAAAAGUUUUAAAAUAAAGCAGCCAAAAGUGUUUAAGCAGAACUGUUAAACAGUCCAAAUUGUUUUGGAAUAAAUUAAAUAAUAAGUGAAUUUUCAUCGAUUUCCCAUAGUUAUCAAAUGGCUCCAAGCGUUUGUCAAACAUCACCCAAAUUAACGCCACACAAUAAUACACAAUCGGGAGUGCAUAGUGGUGGUGGCGGUGGUGGUAGUGGAGGUGUCAAUGGUCAAGUUGGUGGUACAUCAUCGAUUACACAACGUAGUAAUUGUGGCAGCAGCAGUAUCAAUGGUUCAAUGGCUUCAUAUAAAAUGUCAACAACAUCGGAUACAAGUUGGUCUCAGACACAAUAUAGUAAGGAAAAUCAACGACCGCCUGUUUACAAUCCCGAAGAUUAUGUAGUGGCUUUAAAGAAAUUUGGCAAGAGGCAAAGUGGACCCAAUCCCAAGUCAAUAUAUGAUGGCUCCGAUAUAACAGAAGAAAAUUAUAAAUCGGCUACAUUACCACACAAACAUUCGGAAUACAAAAGUCCCAUUAUAGCACCCGAGGCAAAUGAAACCGAAAUGUCUUUACGUCAAUUUGCCACCAUAACAGAUUUGUUAACCAAACUAAGAGCUGACUUAAGAGUAUCAUUUCCCAGUUUUGUCCAAGAAUUUGUGGCCUCACCCUCGGAUGGUGUUAGUUUGCUGUUAGAGGUUUUACGUUCCAUACAACUAUCACAGGCCGUUAAUGCACCCUUGAAUAUGAUUAACAAUACCGGCACCAUGCCCCGUAAUUCCCAAAGCUAUCAAAGACGUGCCCUCCUAGAUGAAUUGGCUUGCUUACAAUGUUUGAAUAUAUGCUGCUCACGUUCUUUGGAGGCCACCUCACGUUUGGGCACCACUCCCGUGGGUCUAAUGCCUUUGGCCUCCUCAGCCACGGGUCAAGGUAUAAGAGCUCGCAUCUUGGCAAUGCAAUUAAUGGCCAAUGCUUGUGAUAAACAUACGUUUGGUCAUGGUAAUCAAAAACUAGCCAUGGCUGGUCAUACCGCUGUCUCAGAGGCAAUGUCUACUUUGCGUCUAAGAUGCAGUGAACCGGUACGUUUUCGUCUGUUGAUGGGUAUGCUGAAUAGUGGUGGCGGAUCGGGAGAACUGCAAGCUGUAGGUGUUAAAUUCAUAAAUGCCUUUCUGGAGAGUUCGGAAAAUUUGCAGCAACGUUUGUAUUUACAAGCGGAACUAUUUCAAGCUGGUUUUGAUCCCAAUAACUUAUCAAAGACCAUUUCAUCCUCUUCCCCCUGGUUGGAUGUUUUACGCAACGAAUUGAAACGUUUCAAUGACAUUUAUGUGGAUGUAGACAAAAUGAUUAAUCAAUCUCGUGAAGCUGAACGUGUACGCAGUCAAAUGGUUAUUUUAGAAAGAAGAGUCCAAAUACUGCACGAGGAAAAGGCCGUAUUAACAUCCAUGGAAAGACGUUUACAGGAAAGAUGUGCCGAAUUGCAAAGAGAAAUCUUUCGCUUGCAGGGAGCACAAAAUGAGAACACCUUUAAAUCGCUGGACAAACAGGGGGUAACCUUGCCCAGACAUAUACCACCCGGCAAACAAGAUUCGUCAGAGCAUGAAGAUGAAGGCAUUAGUAGUUCUGAUACGGGACCUUCUUUGUCACCAGUACCCAUUUUGGUAUUGCCACAGAAAAACAAUACCGAUGUUGAUAUAGAUAAUGUCAUGGAGGAACUGGACAAUGUGGUCAAUGAGGCUGAAAAGCAAAUAUGUUCAAAUGAAUGUAAAUUUUCACAGUUGAAUUCAGAAGCCAAGGAAAAAGAGAUUAUACCGGUAAAUAUAGUGCCACAACCGCCCAGAAAAUCACGAUCUUUAGCUCAUCUAGUGCAGCCAGAUGGUUCCGAAUUAGAUGGUUCAGAAUAUGGCAUGUUAAUGAUGCAAAAACACAACACACAAAAUGCUGACGAAAGAGUAGCCGCCCUAAAGACAUUUUUCGAUGAAUCAGACUAUAUACUACAGGAUCAUGAUAAAUCUUAUCAUAGAUCUAUAUUAGAUUCUCCGGAAAUACCGGAAAAUAACACAAAUCAACAGAAUGCUUUUAAUACACCCAACAACACCACCCGAGAACUGUUAGAUGUCAUUAUGAAUGCCCGCCAUUGUGAGGAUGAUCCUAAUUUGAAGGCUUUAAGAGAUAGCAAUGAUCAUGUUAAUGAAGAUGAUCUUGCGGCCAAUGAGGCCAUUUUAAAUACACAAAAUAAAAGACAUAGUUUUGCCGAGGCCACCAAUAGUGCCACAGUACCGGCUCAACAUUUUAACGGAGUGUUUUUCAUGACCGGCAUGAAUACACCACAAAAAUAUCCCAAACCCGACUUAACAGCGGCCCUGCAGGCUAAAAGAGUUACCAAGAAUGUGGAACGUUUAGAAGCGGUAUUUGCCAGCCAUAAUGAAACCUUUACUGAGGCUUCAAGGGGUCAACAACUAAUACCCUCUAAUAGGGAAAAAUCCAAAAGUAAUCAACAAAUCUAUUUCGGCAGUAAUCCUACCAUAAGAAUUGGUUCUUAUACCAGUCAAAAUAGUCGGCCUGAUAUUUUGAAUAACAACAAUGUCAACAGUCGAACUAGAUCCUAUACCCAAGGCUCCAAAGUCACCGAUAUACCAUCAGGUUUAUAUUAAACUCUUCGGAAAUCUCAUUUUAAGCAAAUUUUCAUUAAAACAUUUAGCAUUUAUUGAUUUAGAAAAAGAAAAACCCCGAAAAGAAAAGCUUUUGUGCAAUAACACAAUUUACAAAUUGCGAAUUCAAUGCGUUUUUUAUAAGUAUUUCCUUAAUUAUUAAUUAAAAAUUAAUGAAGUAAUUAACCUUAAUUAUUAGACAUAUAAUUUAAGCAUAUAUUUAAAAUUUUUUAUUAACAAAAAUUAAUAUUUAUUUUUAUAUAUAAACUUAGCUGUAAAACCCUUGAAAACAUUUUAAUUAUUUAACUUAAAUGGUUUAAAAUGGUGGUAGAUUUUAAACUGCAUUAACUAAUUACUUAAUUUUAAGUUAAUUUAGUUUUAAAUUAAUUAUUUAAAAAUGCAUUCUAUAUAUUCUCUACACUAUUUAUUUCUGUCACAACUUUUUCUGCUUAGAAAAAUAAAAUAAACUUGAUAAAAUUCUAAAAUUAUUUAAAGAAUUUUAUUUAAAGUUUUUGUAUUUUUCCCUAAUUAGCACUGCAUUUGCACCAUUUAUUUUUUAUUAUAUUAUUUAAAUUAUUUUAUAACACUUUACUAACUUUUUCAGUUAUAAGCAAAAAUUCAGCACAAGUGUUUUUUAACUGUUAUACAAAAAUUUAUUUUUCCAAAAACAUUUAUUAUAUGAAAAUAAAAUACAUUAAAAAUUUUAGUAAUAAUAAAAAUAAGUUUUAGAAAAUAUUUAAUAAUAUCU